AAUUAUUGAAUUGAAUAAUUUAGAUAUUGAUAUGAUUUUGAAACUCUUAGUUGCUGUUGAUGAGUUGUCAAUUGAAGAACUUAUUGAUUUUAUACAAGACUAUUUAAUUAAUAACAAUUUAUUUGAAUUACAAUCAUAUAAAAUAUUGAAUUUUAUCAAUACUAAAUCAAUGUUUACAAAACUUAAGAAAAGUUUACUCAAAAUUAUUUGCAAACAUUCAAUAGUCUUAUUUGACUAUGAUGAAUUUCUUGAUUUAGAUAAAGAUGUUUUAAAGUUGGUUAUUGAACAUGAUAAUCUUGAUAUGAAAGAAAAUUUGAUUAAUCAAGAGAUUGCUUUAAUCCUAACAAAGUUAAUAGAUAAAAAAAAAGAUGAUGAAUCAAAAGGAUUCAAAUAUAAAUUCACUUUGUUAUAUAAUAGUUAUUUAGAUGGAUGGGCACCUCAAUUAUUUCAUUCUAAAUGUGAUAAUCAAGGUCCAACUAUCAUAGUAACUAAAAUUUUAAAUACAACUCUUCUUAUAGAAACCAUUAAAGCUAAAAAGACUACAUAUGCAAAAUUAUUUGAAGAUUAUUUGAAACAAAGAGGAUAUUCUGUUUAUCAAUUUAUUGAAGCUUCACUUGAAGUUUCUGAGAAACUUGAAUUGUUUUACAAAACUCAAAACUUUCUGUUUUUUCAAUAUAUAGUUAUUAAUCUCUAUAAAGAAAGAGCAUCACGUAUUAAAACUUUAAUGAAUUAUGAUUACAUUAUUAAAGAUCAUACUAUCAGAGACAUGAAUAUAUUUAACAAUUUUGUUAAUAAUAAAGAUGAACGAGAAUAUGUGAAUAAGAAAGUUAUUGAAACUGAUCAUUUUGAAUUUUAUAAGGUUGUUUAUAUAGACUUACCUCUUAGAACAACAACUAGAUGUAAAAAGAAACAAGGUAGAUAUGGUAAAAUAUGUUUAAAUAAAUAUUUAAAACAACUUUAUACUUUAUAUGAAACUAGUAUUGAUACUAUUUAUCUAGAACAUAUUAAGUUCAAUAAUAAAAUUGUUUUAUAUAAAGGUUGUAUUAAUUUCAAACUAUGUCAAAAGAAAUGCGAUCAUAAAUCUUAUGAUCUUUUUUUUAAUUAA